GCGCCGGGUUGCGGACCCCGGGGUGGGCGAGCGCCAUGGAGGACCUCGUGCAAGGUGGGAUGGCUUCGCCGGCCGCGCCUGGGACCGGAAGAUCCAAGCUGGAAACACUGCCCAAGGAAGAUCUUAUCAAGUUUGCCAAGAAGCAGAUGAUGCUAACACAGAAAGCUAAUUCAAGAUGUGCAGAAUUACAGAAAGAAAUUGAAGAACUCAAAUCACAAUCUGUUGCUGGAGGAUCUGAUGAAGUUAUUAAGGCGUUGUCUGCCCGUCUGGAUGCUGUGCUUCUGGAAAAGGCAGAGGCUGAGCAACAGUGUCUUGCUCUGAGGAAGGAGAAUAUCGCAAUGAAGCAACAGGUGGAAGACUCUGUAACUAAGAUGGAAGACAGCCACAAGGAGUUUGAACAAUCACAAAGAGACUGUAUGAAGCAAAUAGAAGAUUUGAAAAAUGAGUUAACAGCAGUAAAUUUCAAACACAGAGAAGAUAAAGCUAAAUUGCAAAAGGAAUUGGAAGAAGCGAAGAAAAAACAAUUAGAGUUUUCAGAACAACUUAAAUAUCAGAGUGACUCUGAAAUUAAAAACCUACAAGAAGAGAUUCAGAAAAUUAGACCCGCCUUUGAGGAGCAAAUUGUAUAUCUGCAAAAGCAAUUAGAAGUUGCCACAAACGAAAAGGAGCAAGAAAUUGCUGAUCUCCAGAAAGUCAUUGAGGCUAAUUCUCAGCAUUACCAGAAAGAUAUUAAUAGUUUGCAAGAAGAACUUACACAAUUGAAAGCUACACACCAAGACAAGGUGAAAGAAUUGAUGCAUCAAAUUGUAGCAUCUGCUAAAGAAUGUGAAGCAGAAGCAAAUAAUUUAAACCAGGUAAAGGAGAAUGUAGUCAAACAGUGUGAGGCAAGUGAGAAGAACCUUCAGAAGAACUAUGAGUGUGAAUUAGAAAACUUAGGGAAAGCCUCAAGUGCAAACCAAGAAAAUCAGACGUGUUCUUUGCUCUUACACGACACUUCUGUAGAACAAACAGUAAAUGAAAAAGUGAAACACUUAGAAGCCACCUUAAAAGAACUGGAAUCUCAACAUAAUAUCUUAAAAGAUGAGGUAAUUUAUAUGAAUAAUCUUAAAUUAAAACUUGAAAUCGAUGCCCAACAUAUAAAGGAUGAGUUUUUUCAUGAACGGGAAGACUUAGAAUUUAAAAUUAAUGAAUUAUUACUAGCUAAAGAAGAACAGGGCUGUGUAAUCGAAAAAUUAAAAUCUGAGCUAGAAGAUUCAAGUAGACAGUUCUGCUAUGCUGUGGAACAGCAUGACAAAGAAGUACAGAGUCUUCGGGAACAACAUCAAAAGGAAAUGUCAGAACUACAUGAGACAUUGUUGUCAGAUUCAGAAAAAGGGAAAUUAACAUUAAUGUUCGAAAUACAGGGUCUUAAGGAGCAGUGUGAAAACCUACAGCAAGAAAAGCAAGAAGCAGUAUUAAAUUAUGAGAGUUUGCGAGAGAUAAUGGAAAUUUUACAAACAGAACUAGGGGAAUCUGCUGGGAAAAUAAGUCAAGAAUUUGAAUCAAUGAAGCAACAGCAAGCAUCUGAUGUUGAUGAACUUCAGCAGAAGCUCAGAGCUGCCUUUAAUGAAAAAGAUGCUCUACUUGAAACUGUGAAUCAUCUCCAAAAAGAAAAUGAAAAGUUAUUGUCACAAAAGGAACUUGUACCAGAACUUGAAAAUGCCAUAAAAAAUCUUCAAGAAAAGAAUGAUGUGUAUUUAGUUAGUCUCCGUCAAAGAGAUUCCAUGUUACAAGAAUAUGAAGCAAAGAUAAGUUACCUUACUGAAGAAAAAGAUGAUUUCAUAAGUAAAAUAAAAAGUUCUCAUGAAGAGAUGGAUAAUCUCCAUAUAAAAUGUGAAAAGGAAGAAAGAUUAAUUGUAGAACUUAGGGAGAAAGUGCAGCAAACUACCCAGUACAACAGUGAACUAGAACAAAAGAUAAAUGAAUUGACAAGAGAACUAGAAGAAACUUUAAAAAAAAAGGAUCAAAAUAACGAAAAACUAGAAAAGCUGACGGUUCAAUUUAAAACUCUCUCUGAAGACCAAGAAGCACUGACAUCGGAAGUGAAGUCUCUUUCUGACGAAAAUAAUAAAUUAAGUUCAGAAAAGAAUCAAUUGAGUAGUGAUAUCGAAGCUCUCCUGUCUCAAAAGGAAAGCUAUAUUAUUCUUAAGGAACACGUUUCUGAAUUAGAAAAGAAACUUCAGUUAAUAGUUGACGAACGAGAUAAUUUAAGUAAACAUUUUGCAAAUGAGCAAGUCCAGAAGUUAUCUGUCAAAACUCAGUUGUAUGGUUUUCUUAAACAAAUGGGGGUAGAAGUUUCAGAAGAAAAUGAAGGGCAAGAUAUUGCAAAUGUCCUACAAGCUGUAGGUGAAUCCUUAGCUAAAAUGAAUGAGGAAAAACGCAACUUGCUUUUUGAACAUGAUAAAAAGGUAAUAGAGUUAGAAAAAAAUAUUAAGUGCCUUCAAGAGAAGAUAGUUCAAAGUGAGGAACUUACGUCUUUACUAAGAGAUUGUGAACAAGAGAAAGUUCUCUUAAGGAAAGAGUUAGAAGAAGCUCGGUCAGAAAUGGAGGCCCUGCAGUCUGAUCUAGAAAUGAGGAAUACUAAUGAAAAAGGAAGGCUUGAAAAUCAGAAUCCUUCAAUUCAAGUUGAAGAAGAGUCUCAAAAAUUAUGUAGCAAAAUUGAAAUUCAUAAUGAAAAAGAAAAUUCUUUUAUAAAGGAACUUGAAAACCUAAGGCUAGCACUAGAACAGAAAGAAUCUGAAUUGCAAGAUGUGAAUGCAGAGUUGAUAGCAUUUAAGAAUUCCUUGGAGAAAUCACCUUGUGAAGAAAACGAUCAACCUUCUUCAGUAAAAGAGCUAGAAGAAAAAAUAGAAUAUCUGAAAAAAGAAUCUAAAGAGAAAGAGGAGAAAAUAAAUAAGAUAAAACUAGUUGCUGUGAAGGCAAAGAAAGAACUAGAUUCUAGCAGAAGAGAGGUCCAGACUCUAAGGGAAGAACUCAAAUCUGUUCAAUCAGAAAAGGAUCAGUUGUCUACUUCCAUGAGAGAUCUCAUUCAAGGAGCAGAAAGCUAUAAGAAUCUUCUACUAGAAUAUGAUAAGCAAACAGAGCAGUUGGAUAUAGAAAAAGAACGUGCUAAUUGUUUUGAGCAUCAGAUAGAAGACCUUACAAGACAAUUAAGGAAUUCAACUUUACAGUGUGAAAAAUUGAAUUCUGAUAAUGGCGAUCUCCUGGCUCACGUAGAGACACUGCAGUCGAACGUCAAGUUACUGGAAGUACACAUCGUAGAGAUCCAGAAGGCCAAAGCAGAGGUCGACGCAGAGCUGGAAACUGAAAAACGUAAAAGCGAGCAGAAGAUGAAGGAGCAUGCCAGUUCUGUAAGUGAACUUGAAGAACUUCAGCUACAACUUCAAAGGGAAAGGAAACAGCUACAGAAAACCAUGCAAGAAUUAGAGCUGGUUAAAAAGGAUGCCCAACAAACCACAUUGAUGAACAUGGAAAUAGCUGAUUACGAACGUUUGAUGAAAGAACUAAAUCAAAAGUUAACUAAUAAAAAUAACAAGAUAGAAGAUUUGGAGCAAGAAACAAAAAUUCAAAAGCAGAAACAAGAAACCCUACAAGAAGAAAUAACUUCACUACAGACUUCACUGCAACAGUAUGAAGAAAAAAACACCAAAAUCAAGCAAUUGCUCAUGAAAACCAAGAAAGAACUGGCAGAUUCAAAGCAGGCAGAAACUGAUCACUUAAUGCUUCAAGCAUCUCUAAAAGGCGAGCUAGAAGCCUGCCAUCAGCAAGUAGAAGUCUAUAAAAUUCAGCUGGCGGAGAUGACGGCAGAGCGGCACAGCGCCCACGAGCGCCUGAAGACGUCGGCGGAGCAGCACCAGCGCGCGCUGAGCGCGCACCAGCAGAGGGUGGCGGCGCUGCAGGAGGAGUGCCGCGCUGCCAAGAUGGAACAAGCUGCUGUGGCCUCAGAAUUUGAAAGCUACAAAGUCCGAGUUCAUAAUGUUCUAAAACAGCAGAAAAACAAAUCUGUGUCUCAGGCGGAAACAGACGAAGCUAAACAAGAAAGAGAACACCUGGAAAUGCUGGUUGACCAACUAAAAAUCAAGUUACAAGAUACCCAAAAUAAUUUGCAGGUCACUGUGUCUGAACUUCAGACACUGCAGUCUGAGCAUGACACGCUGCUGGAGCGGCACAACCGGAUGCUGCAGGAGACGGUGUCCAAGGAGGCGGAGCUCCGGGAAAGGUUGUGUUCAGUACAGUCAGAGAACAUGAUGCUGAAGUCAGAACACGCCCAGACUGUGAGUCACCUGACAUCCCAGAACGAGGCCCUUCGCAGCAGCUUCCGCGAGCAAGUGCGACGCCUGCAGGACGAGCAGAGGAAGGCCGUGGAGACCUUGCAGCAGCAGCUGUGCGAGGUGGAGGCCCAGCUCUUCCAGCUCAGGAGCGAGCCGGCCACAAAAGGCCCAGCGUCUUUCCACCAACCAGUGAAGAACCUUCGAGAAAGGAGAAACACAGACCUCCCCUUGCUGGACAUGCACGGUGUGGCCCGGGAGGAGGGGGAAGGGAUGGAGACGACGGAGACAGAGUCGGUGUCCUCCGCGGGCACUCACCCGCCGUCCCUGGAGCAGCUCCUCAGUUCUCCUGAGGCGAAGCUCGAGUCUCCCUUGUGGCCUGCUGAGCUUACCAAAGAGGAGCUGAUGCAGAAGCUCAGUUCCACCACAAAAAGCGUGGACCACUUGAACGGCCUGCUUCGGGAGACGGAAGCCACCAACGCCAUCCUCAUGGAGCAGAUUAAGCUUCUCAAAAGUGAAAUCAGAAGAUUGGAAAGAAACCAGGAGCGAGAGAAGUCCGUAGCGAACCUGGAGUACUUGAAGAACGUCUUGCUGCAGUUCAUUUUCCUCAAGCCGGGCAGUGAGAGAGAGAGGCUGCUUCCUGUCAUCGAUACAAUGUUGCAGCUCAGCCCGGAGGAGAAGGGGAAGCUCGCAGCCAUCGCCCAAGGCGAGGAGGAAAACGCUUCCCGUUCAUCCGGAUGGGCAUCCUAUCUGCACAGCUGGUCUGGACUCAGAUAGAGUGGCAGAAAGAACAUUAUUUAUUAACCAAAUAGACUCCAUUUGGCAAAAGUAGUUCACAUAUAUUGCUGUUAUUUUUCAUCAAAUAGUGUGUGUGUAUAUCCAUGUCUGCAGGUAUUGGUACAUGCGUGUGUCACACACACAGGUGGGCAAAGUAGGUGUACACUCCUGAUGCAGUGGGACCUAGAGAAAGGAGCUGUGUCACGUCCUCGCGUCUGCAAGCCUGCCCUGGGCGUCUCAGCGGGGGGAGGGUGCUCGGUAUGCGUGGGUGCCCGUCCACGGCCUGGUUCUGUGCCCCCGGGAGCUCACUCCCUUCUCUGGGGCCGGGCGCCUGCCUGUGGGCAGCACUGUGAAUUUUCAAAUUAAACUAAAGUUUGGUACCAUGUUAACUGGAAUUUAGGCUUUUAAAAUAAUUUUGCAAGAAUAUUUAUGGCAAGGUCAGACUCAUAGAUUGUAAUUAGUUAAAAAUUGUUAAAGAAAGGUGUUAAUUAGAACAUGAAGGAAAAUGCUUUAUUGAUAAAGUUGGUUUGUUUAAAUAAGCUACAAUUAAUUAUGAGAUGAAGUUAAAAUACAGUUUAUGUAGUUAUUUACUGUACAAGGAACUGCUCUUUUUCCCUCUGAAGGAAGUCACUGCGAAGCCCGCGGUGCCGUGAGCCCCGGUGCUGCCUGGCGCAGCUGGGCCUGAGCGGCGGGGACGCCCUCACCUCGGGGGCUUCACACCGUCUCCAGGCUCUCCUUGUGGCUCAGCUACUAUAAGCCAUGAAUCUGCCUUGAGAAUUCUCUCCCAUCUCCCCAAAUAAAAAUGUAUCAGAACAGUGACUGUAUCACUCAGCACUGUAUCAGCUGUGACACUGAGGCUUCCCGUGUCUCAGCAAACAGCCUUCAGCACGGUUCCCUUCAGAAGUUCCAGGGCCUGUGAGAGGUCACCCCACCUCUCCCAGCCUCUGGCUAACUCCCGGGAGCUCUGGCUGCCUGAGAUGCCUCUGAACACAGUUUGCUGAGUGGACCAAAAGAGUGUUCCUCGAGCAUAAAUUUGAGAAUUCUGGUUUUAAUAUCUGUGUGUUAAAUGACACACAGUGUUCUGUGAAGGUCUCUCUUGGGAUUUGUGUUCUAAUUUUCCGUCUGAGCUGGUGAACUGAUUGCACUUUGUUACUCAGAACGUUGGCCUUCAAUUUUAUUUAACUGAAAUUUGCUGCUGACGUGUUGAGUUUGUUCUUUAGAAAGUUUCUCCUGUAUCACUUCCCUCCUGUUGUAGAACAGAACUAACUACUGAAUGUAUGAAUGAAAAUCCAUCUAUUUCAGAGCUGAAUUUAAAAGUUCAAUUUUUUUUACUUUAUAAACUGUGAAUAUAAGUAUGUCCGUGCAUACAAUGAAACUAUAAUAGUGUUUAAUAAAUUCUACUCUCUCUAAAUCUAGGCCUUUUUUUGAA